AUGGGGAUUGCAAAAACUCAAAUGUGCAACAGGCAUGCGUAUGUGCAUGUUUGGGUUUAUUUGAGUUUCAGUAUCUUCGAGGCCGUGUUUCUCCGAGCCGGUCUGGCCAAAUUGAUGACAAUGACGACAGACUUGUUUGCUGCUUCAAGAGGAUUGAGUAGACGGGUUGACUGGACUGUGGAUUCGUUUUGGUUCGAUCCAUCCAAAUUGACCCUGACAACCACUCGGUUGCCCGACAGCCCCGGCUGCGCCGGCAAGCAAUGUCCGCCCGACAACGUCUGCCAAAUGGUUGCCGGGACUCCGACUUGUCGGUGCCCCGACGCCUGCCUCCCGCAGGACGAGGCCUCGGGGCCGGUGUGCAGCCGCGAGGGGCGAGUGUACGCGAACCGCUGUCUCUUGACGCACAAGCGCUGCCGCGCCCUGAGCACCUUCCCCUACGACGAGGUGGCCUGUCCCGAGGCCGGCGCCGGGUCUCGGAGCCAGGCCUCGAGCGCGGCCCGUUGGUCGACCGAGCCCGCCUCUCCGCCACUCUUCGUCUGCAGCCCCGCCAACGGCCACCCGACUCCGGCCACUUUGCCGGCCGCCUCGCCGUCCGCGGCUAACGCCAACGGCGACGGCGACGGCGACGUCAACGGCGACGACAGCCUGCGCUUCUACACGCAAUCGGAGCUGGCCGGCGCGCCGGCCAAACGGCCGCGACAGCGCUCCUCCUCGUUGCGACUGCGCUCGCGACGCGCCAGCGGCUCGCGCCAGACCACCUCGCGACCCUCCACCGACGCCGGCCUCGCCGACAGCGUCGUCCAAUUCGUCCGGCUCUCGUCGACGCUCGACGCGUCGCCGUCCGAGCCGCGACUCUUGCGCUUCCGUCGGGCCACGCAUCUGCACAUGCGGCUGCACACGCCUCGACCGACCGACAGACGUCGACUCGACGUCGACGCCGACGCCGACGGCGAGGGCGAAUCGGAUGCAGUCGGGCUGCGGGGCUCACGGCUGCGUCGGGAUGUGGCCCCGGCUUCGGACGGUAGCGUCGGGACGAGGCGAAACGACGUCCAGCCGGUGCAGGUGCUCUGCCAGCCCGGCUUCCACUGCCUCAUUCGACAGUUCAACGCCAUGCCGGCCUGCGAGCCGGACUACUCCGAGCCGAGUCCCGGCUGCGCCAUCAACUACUUCCCGCCGGAGGGCGUCUGCGGAGUCGACAAUCUGUGGUACCCGACCACCUGCCACCUCGUCAAGGCCAGCCAGCUGCGGCAGAUGGAGAUUCUCAUCGCCUAUGUUGGAAAGUGUCAAGGUAACACGCUUUUUCCUCCGCCUCCCUGUCACCAGGGCCAUUCUCUUGGCGGGCCAUGCAAGAGUUAG